GAAUACAAUUUUAAAAUGUAGAGCUUGAAAUUAAUAAAUUCUGUCAAGUUCUAUGACAUUUGAACUACUUAAGAUAAAAAUGUCAAAUGUUAACGACGAUAAGAAUGUCUACCUCGGAAUCAGAAGAUGAAAAUUUACAAAAAUUGCAAUCUGCCGUGGACCCAACCUUGCUGCAGUCCAGUUUGUAUGGAAAGAAAGAAGAGGAAAAGGUUAAAAAUGUUCCGAAAGAUAAACCGAAGACCCUGAGAAGGGAUUUGAACCCUCUUGAAGAACAGAAUAUCUCCGACCUUGAGGUUACUCCUGAGUUUCAAACCUUCGUUGCUGCUCAGCUUGACAAGAUGCUGGAACAAAAUAUUACAGAGGUUGAGAGAAAGAUAAAGAAGGUGAAACGGAAUGAACCUGAGACCGGGAUAAAAUUGUUAAAAUCUAGUCUGAAACCUGUAGAUCUUACUCCUAUCGUACACCACCAGAAAAGGCCAGAUUUAUUAGCGCAUAGAAAAGAGAUUGUAGAAGAUGAUGAGAGGUUGCGAGAGGUUGCUGUAACCCCGGAAUCAAUCUUAUCCCAAGAGGGAAUACAAUUUUACGCCAACAAAUUUGCUAGUAGAGUUGAGCCUGGUAUCGAAAGAAUAAAGAAGAAGAAAAAGAAGAAAGAUAAGAAAAAGAAAUCUGAAAAUCCUGAGACGAAGGCGGAAGGAUAAAUAAUGUAUUUUUCCAGAAAAAA